AUGUCAUCCCUAACCGACGCCGAUUGCGAGAAGAUCUUCGCAGAACUUAUGGCCGGCGCCAUGUCGCAAGCUGGCCAUCCCAGCCCCAACGACGACGGCUCUGACCGCCAGCCCCGAGACAUACCACAACUCCUCCCCGACGUAGCAAGUAUAGACAGAUAUCACGAAUGGAGGCGCAAGCAAAUGAACCAAGAGUAUGAGGAAGCAGAACGCGUUCGCCAAGCCCAACCACGUCCAACCGCCGCCGACCUCAUCAAAGCGAUCCAAGAGACCGACUUUCAUGAUGGAGAAUCGCGCGAAACCGUCUAUGACACACUGCAUUGGAUCGAACUGGGAAUGCAUUGCGACUACCACUUCAGCCUAGUACCCGAUGGGUAUAUCAAACUGAUAUACGAGGAUGAAGACGUGGACUGGGAUGAUGAACGCGAGUGGCCGGAAUUCAAAGAUAUACUUGGUAUCAACAUAUGGAAGACAGCAUCCGAGACCGAGACCGCAGGAGCCCAGCCCAAGGAUAUUGAACCCGAUCGAUCUAGUCUCCUAAACGAGUCCACAGGCAACGACGCCACGGGCUUUGUGUUUAUCCAGCUGGGCCGGGUGUUCUACCUUAAGGACUGUGACUUGGAAAGUAACAAACAAAGGGCUAAAAGAAACGAAUGGCAGAGAUCCUGGUCUGACUCUAACUUCAUCCUCGUCGUAGCCAUUGAGGAGAACGGAAGAGCAGGCGCGCCGUGGUUGGUGUGUAACUUCAAUCCCGAAAAUGAUAUUGAAGGCGGUCGCAGCAAGCGCCCGCAAUCAAGUCGGUUUUGGGGCGAUACUUUGGGAGACGGUGUUCAGUACAAGGCUCUCAGGAUUGCGGACGAUAUUGGGGAGCUCAAACAAGGGAAGGCAUGGGAUGUUAAGAUGAAGUUUGGCAGUGAGUCCAACAUACAAAUCGUACCCGCCGUCUUUGAUGGAGAGGGCAAAGAGAAGAGGCUCUUGCGACACAAGGUCCGCAAGGAAGAGCUUACGGAAUGGGUUGAGGUCUAA